GUGCCAAAACGCGUAAUCACUGUGUUAUCAAUGCGACAUGCAAAAACAUAACAUGUUUCCAUGAGACGUUUAAUUGCUCUAAUUGCACCGCCAUUGAAUCUUAAUGCAGAUCGUAAUAGUGCUAAUUAUCUAAUUAACUGGCUGUUCAUUAUGCGCUGGAGGAGGCAGAGCCUGGAGCGGGUGGAAGCCGAGCGGCACCCAGACAGCAGCCCUCCGAACAAUACAGCCGCGGUGUGGAGACCAGAUGCCAGGUGCACGAGCACCAGAACCUCCCCUGCGUCUCGAUCCAAACUUCCCACAAAUAAGCUCAUGACCAGGUGAAUAAAUCCGAAAUUAAAAGAGCAACAGUGUCCAUGCGAUCAAUGGCUGGGGGGAAAAUAAUAAACUUUAAAACGACACUAAAAGAGUGAUAGUGGGCUGUUAAAAAAGAGGCGGACUUAAAAAAACAAAACAAAACAAAACAAAAAAAGGGGGCAGAGCCGCGUCUCGCGGUGUGGGUGGGGCUGACAAGAAUAGACUACAUUAUGCAGUUCAUUUAGUUAACAAGUGAAAUAAUAGAGAAGCGUGCAGUGUGAAUGCUCAGAGAAAAGCACAAAACCCUAUUGAGAGAGAGAGAGAGAGAGAGAGAGAGAGAGACGGAUGCGUGCUCUGGAACUUAUUUAAGAGCCUGGUGUUCCUCUGCAGCAUCACUCUGCUGUCCAUCACACGAGAGAUUGGACCAUUUUUUUGGUGAAACGUGUCUGCGUUUUUCUGCGUAAACUUUUUUUUUGCGCGUUUUUUUCCACGUUAUUUUGUGCAAGAAAUAGAAGAAUAUAGAGAAGAUGCCACGGUCAUUUCUUGUGGACUCGUUGAUUUUGCGUGAGGCCAACGAGAAGGGCAGCGAGAACACGCCGCCGCCGCCGCUGCUGCCGUACACGGUGCACGCGCCGCACGCGCUCCACGGGCUGUCUGCGGCCGCGGCGGCGGCCGCGUCGUGCCACGCGCGCAAAGCCGGCCUGCUGUGCUUCUGCCCGUUGUGCAUGGCGGCGGCGUCCCAGCAGCUCCACCCGGCUCCCCCGGCACUCCCGCUGCUCAAGGCGGCGGCCGCGGCGGCCUCGUUCCCGGCGGCUUUCGGCUCGCAGUGCUGCCCGUCCGCGCUCUCGCGGCAACACUCGCCCUCCAGCGGCGUGCACGUGAACCACGCGGGACUUUACCAGAGCGCGUACUCGGUCGCGGACCCGCGGCAGUUCCACUGCAUGACGCUCGAAAGCAGCAACAGCCAACUCCAGAGCAGCAAGCGCAUGCGCACGGCGUUCACCAGCACGCAGCUCCUGGAGCUCGAGCGCGAGUUCACCUCCAACAUGUACCUGUCCAGACUGCGGCGCAUCGAGAUCGCGACCUACCUGAACCUGUCCGAGAAACAGGUCAAGAUCUGGUUCCAAAACCGACGUGUCAAGCACAAGAAAGAAGAAGGAGGUUCCCACAGAACGGGUUCUCUGCACUGCAAAUGUUCAUCCGCGCGCUGCUCGGAGGAAGAGGACGACACGCCCAUGUCACCUUCAUCAUCAGGGAAAGAGGACGCUGAUCUCUCAGUUAGCCCAUGAACCCUCCAUAAACAAGCAUGCAGAGAUCGCUCCAGAGCGCUCCACGUGCACAAUUCCUAAUUAGCUCUUUGAUUAGCCAAAUCAGGUGCUAGAUUUAUGUUCUGGAGCUCGAUUUGGAGAUGGCGGGUGCCAAAGUAGAAGCUCCAGAAACAAGAAACGUGUCUGAAAACAUAGUCAGAUGGUGUGGGUUUUCUGUGUGAAAAUAGUUCAAACUUUCCUUUAAUUGGUGCGCAACACAAAUCUCACCUGUACCUGAACUUUAUCUUGUCACUAGAGUGUAUCUUCCACCUUCCAAGGUGCCCAUGGUGUACUUCUGAACUUUAAAAUGUUCCUUUGAGGUCCAUGUUUGCACCUUAAACUUAUCGGUGUGAUAACAGUGAGAGGGAAAAGUUCACUAUUGUUACCUUUCUGAGAGGUGAUACUGAUCUUCUCUUUGAUUUUAGGGAGCAAUUUCGGACAUAUUUGGGGAUUUUAGAAAUGAUGAGGUUCCUGAUGCGAUCAGGUGAAUUUGCAUCUCUAAUGCAUAUCACGGUUUAUUGAUGCAGGUCAUCAGCUUCAGUCUGAAACCGCUUUCUCAACCUUUUCCUCCUAAAAUUCCGAAGUGCCGGAACAUUUUUUUUUUACUUUACUAAUAAAGUGAAAAGAUUCGUAUCGGUUUGACCUCAGAUUUAGUGGCUAAACUCCCAAAACUCCUCCCGAACUCCAAGAAAGAGAAGUGGAGUUUCCCUUUUCUCCUCAGGAGGUUUAUUAGUGAAAUAACAUUUCCCUGAAUGUGACUGUGUGUGUGUGUGUGUGUGUGUGUGUGUGUGUGUGUGUGUGUGUGUGUGUGUGUAAGUACUGAAGUCUGUAAAUAAGAGAGAGAAAGAGGUUUAUAUAAAUAUCAGGAACGCACGCGCGUCUCCGUCAGUACCGCUGUAUAUAACUGUACACAUGUUGUAUGAUUGUAGUUCUUUUUUUCUUUAUUGUUCUGUAUCACCAAAAGGGUUUUGAUAUCUAUAUAUAUAUAUAUAUACUCCAGAAUGGACCAAAUUUAGUCUGUCCUUAUUCAUUUCUUUUUGUUACCCCCCCCCUUUUGUCUAACAGUUGAGAUGUUUGAGAGAAGAAGCAUCAGCAUCUCACCUCCUGUAACUGUUUAUUCAGUGUCAUGAAAAUAUUUAUUUAUUUAAAACC